GCAUGUUUUAAAUAAUAUAUUUAACAGAAAGGAGUGAUCUUUGCAGUUGAAUAGUGUCGGUCAACGGAGUAUCAGUGGGAGGGUGGAUUAGUGAUUGUUUAUAUAAAUCAUACAUGGUUUUAAUGAACCAUUAAGGAACAGUUAUUGGUGCGGUAUGAUGCAUAAAUUAAAAAGUCAAAACUACGGGGAGUAAGAUUCUGAAUAUGUUUAAUGGACAUAGUUGAAAGGACUAAAUUAUUCCAUUGCGGUUAGUGUUCAUUUAGAUAAUUAAAAAUGAAUUCCGCGUCAUCAACGUCAGAUAUGACGCCACAACGAAAGCGUGUUGGUAGGCCUCCUAAAGCAACACAGCUGAAGCAAUCGGCUGACACUACGCCACCAUCAGAGAGUGCACAAACGUCUAACCAAUCGAACGAUACAGAAAGUCGAGGUGAAAAUGAUAGUAUUAUGGAAGUUGAGGGCGGUUUCGUGGCUAUAUCUCCACCGCCGCCCAAUGGACCGGCAGAUAAGGUUAAUCCUCGUAUGACUUCAACACCAUCAAGUAGCAACGAAUGCAGGCGAAGUUCACGUAAAAAGAUAAUAAAAUUUGACGUAAGAGAUUUAUUAAACAAACAUCGAAAGCCACAUAAAAUCCAAAUAGAAGCUCGCAUAGAUUCAAACGCUCCGCAAACACAAACAACUACAUCGUUACCCUCAUUUAGCUCUGGUAGUAAUACAAGCAGCUCAGUUCCAGGUUCAAGCUCUGAUUUGAGUAGUAAACAGAAAGCAUUUAUGGAGAAAUCCGCAAUAUUUCGUCGCAUAUCAAUAUCAGAACAACAGAAUAAAAUAAAUGCGCCAAUACUUCCACCUCCCUUAUCGUCCAUACCUAAAAUCGGCGUUUUAGGUAAAAACACAAUCAAUUUGAAAAGUAAUGUGGAUGCUAUGACUACACUAGACCCAGCAAAAAUAGCACAAGCAAGACGGUUAAGUCGUACCCAGGAAAUAUUUAAUGCCAGCCUGAUAAAAUCAAAGCAGAAUUCCAGCCUAAUAAUAGCGCAAAUUGAAAGUAAUACUUCUAGUUCCAGCAGUGGGUUCAUGUCUCCAGCAGUUGUGACAUCACAACAGCAGAAGAAGUCAACAAACGUAUCCAACAAACGUAAAAAUCUUUCAAAUUCAUUUAUUUCGCCGACUGUAGUAGCUGAUUCAAAGCCGUCGCUAACAGAAUCUGGCACACAAAAGCGCCGAGGUCGUCCGCCGAAAAAUAAAAAUCCUGUAGCUCACAGCCCUUUGCCAAAAUCAAACCUGAAGUCGGAGCUUCAUAUUACUCCCCCAGGUAAACAAGCAGACGCGCAUAAGCAAUAUUCUGUCGAAUAUAAAGAAAAGCAAGAUUUCGCCAGUAAAGAAGCGUCUCAAAAUGCUACAAAUUGGACAGAGUACAAAGCAAAUUUAAAAUGUGCUGAAAGCGUUGAAACACCUGUUGGGCAAAAUCCUAUAUCAAACGAAAGGACUUCUGUACAGCAUGAAGACGUCAUUUUAGAAAUAUCAUCUACUUCUUCUAUAUCUGAUCAUGAAUAUCAGGCUAAAACAGUGCAUCCUCCAACGGAUGUACAUGAGUCACAACAAAGAAACUUCGCCUCCGUAUGCAUUUGGCAAGAUAGUCAAAGUAUUUGUGAAACUACAUCCGCACCAGAAUUCAUUGUGGCCGCUGUUGAAGAGAUAACAUCGGAAAGUUCACCAGCUGAUAAAUCUAUUUCCUUGGGAGCUGAAAGUGAAACAUGUUCACAAAAAACGAUUGAUACGUUAACGGGAUGUGAUCAAACUAUUACAAUUGAUUUGGAUUCGAAUAAAGAAAUCGAAGCGGAGUCAGAUUCUCUCUCGGAAAUGGCAUUUGGCAUGUCCGGCACAAGUCGCAAAUCGAGCGGUUCCGAAUCAGAGGGCAGCUCCGAUCGUAGUAAUAAAAGCUACAAAAAGGGCGAUAAGUUGCGUGUAUCUUUGAAACGCUUAACGUUGCCACCGAGUACAAUCACAUCGACUAUUUCAUUAUCUUCGGCAUCUAGCAGCUGUAGUGACGUCAUUGCUGGGAGCGACAACAGCAAUACAAAUAACAGUUGCGGAAGUAACGGUACCGCUAACACUACAGAGUUAUGUACCGGAACAGCAAAUAAAAACUUACCGACAAGGCGAUCUCAUCGGUUCCCCAAAAAGGGUUGUGACAGAAAAGUUAUAUUGGAAGAACCCAAAAGUAAAGCAGAAGUAUCAUUGAAUGAGAAUUUAGAAACUGAAGAUCUAAAGAUGACAGCUGGUGUGGAGGAGAAGACAGGUAAACUGUCAAUAGAGAGAGUCACUUCAACUACCGUUAAAACGGAUAAUGACUUCGAGCAAUCGAAUAAAGAAAGUAAAGAUAGUGCAGUUACAACAAUUGAAAACGUUAGUGUUGAUUUGGUUAGCCCGCAGCAAGUUAAGGCACCACCCAUUGCAAUUGCUGUAGUGGAGCUCUCUUCUGAACAAAUAACUGAGAUACCCCAAAAACCAAACAGCAUUGCACUAGAUGCUUUAGAUAACAGACAUGAGCGUACAGAGCAUGAUAGAAACGUUAGUGAAGAGUCGCCUUCUGUAUCGUGCGAAACGAAAAAAGAACCUAUCACUUUGCCACUUAAAAAACAGGUGAGCAAGUUUAAAAUGUACGAAGCGGCAGUGCACAAUGUGGCUGCAAAUGUCGCGACUAGUACCUUGCUGGAUAUCUUAAACACCGUUAAACAGAAUGAUUUAACAAUGGGAACGAAGGCAUUCCAGCAAUUGCAGUUGCCCGCAGUUAAAGAUGACACGUCCUCAGAGAUUAUAGCGCCCAAUGAAGGGGAAGAAAAUAUGCCAAUUACUGCAGCCGAGAAAAAACUAGAAGCUGGCACGUCAGAUAAAAGUGUUACGACAAUUAUUUUGGAAGAAUCACAAGCAACUGACCAAGAUAGUUCUAUAGAGACUAAUAAGCAGCCAUCAAAAUGUGUUCAUAUAGCUAAGAGUGGAGAUGAAGUAGAAUCUAUAAAAACGUUCACUUGGGGAAACAAUGCGCACGAUGAGUCCGAUCAACGCAUGGACUUACCUGCUGAAAAAUGUGAAAUAUCCGAAACGGUAACGGAUAGCGACUUUACACCACUGCCAGAAGAAGAGGUCGUAAUUCAAACUACUUUCGCUGAACAGUCUGUUGAAGGGAAGGAAACUUCCACUGAUGAAGCUACUAGCUCUCCAAAGACGGUAGCAGAAGUAGGUAGAAAUAUUUUGAAAAAAGCUUCCCGAGAAAUACCUGCCAAUGUUGUUAAUGAGAGCACAAUAAACGUUUCCAAUGUUUUGGAUAAGUCAGCGAAAUCUGAAAAAUGGGAUAUUACCAACAAGCACACGACAGAUAAUGUGUUGGAUGAAAAUAGUUUGGAGGACAUAAAUUCGACAACGGACUCACAAUCUUCACGUGACGAAACGAAUGGAAGCAGUGCUACGAAAACACCAUCUCCAACCCUUUCGGAAAAUUCCAAUGAAAAGCCGUCAAAGAAACCAACACGCCGAAAUGAGAGACGUUCAAAACGUGGAGAUAAGUCUGGCCAUAAAACUUUAGAAGAGACAUUCGCAGAAAUAGCAGCUGCGAGUUCAAAGGCGGUUUUGAAAUUAAAGGCGCAGGAAGUUGACGCAGAUACAGCAAACGUGUAUAAUGAAGAGGAGCUUUCUAAAUCUGUUGAUGCAAUGGAAAAGUCAGCUGAUGCAAAGGAAGAUUCUUCUGCGAGCGUUGAGCUAAGCCAAACACCUAUUAAUUUAACUGAGCCGAAAAAUCUAGACGAAGAUGAAGUGCCGAAUGUACAAAAUACUAUAGAAAUUACGACCGAGGAAACAACAACAGGUGUAUGUACGAAGGUUUGUUCCAAAGAGGAUCGCGUCGUGUUAAAAGCAGUAAUACUACCAGAAGAUGUGGAUAGUAAUUCAAGUCACUCGUCGCCUUCACGACGCGGGCGAAAAACGAGAAACAAAAAAGUAAAUCAUAAGCCAUCUCCUAGCACUUCUCCUAUUACUGCAGAGUCUUUCAGCGAAAAUAAACAGAAAGUCUGCGAAAUGAAUCCGGUUGAUGAGACUAUUACUGCCAAUACGAAUACGACCGCCGAUGGUAGCUUAGAAAUAUCACAACAAAAUUUGCACACAUCAGUUAUUGAACUGAACGUAAAAGAUGCCAAUAAUGGUGAUCAGAUUAUCACCGACACAUUGGAAAAAGGGACGGCCAAAGAAUCAGGUCAAGAAAAAGUUUUGGAAUCAGGAAAAUGUGAUUAUUCCACGACAACGCCGGAACUUUCAACUGAGGUUGGCCAAGUCUUGAGUACUGCUGGCGACGAAACGUCAAGUAUAUCCAAUAAUACAACACCUGAUUUAAGUGGUCAAAAUUUAGAAGAAAAUAAUGACCAAAAUAAAUCAUUUACAUCAAAACCCCGAAAACAUAAAAAAGCUUUGGCUUCGGCUAUUCAACAAGACGAGCACGUUGAUAUUGAAGUAGAGAGUGUUGAGACGCAAAAAGAGUGUGGUCAAAUCGUUAUAAUCAAACCCGAAGAGCGGAUUGAGCAGCACAAAGAAAAGAUUGUAGAACCACCCAAAGAGUUGCUACUAAAUAAAUUAGAAAAGUUAGAUCAAAGUGGGUCAACACCAUCGUUAAAAGAGCUCUCUAACGUUGACUCUAAAAUAAAUACGGUUACAAGUAGCGACUUAAUGGCAGAGACUGUGGACUGUCAGCUCCCAGAACAGCGCGAGCAGUCAUAUACACCAGUCGAUAAGCCUAAAAAAAUUCGAAAGCGAAGAAGUAAUAAACAGUCUGAUGAGAAAUCUAACGAGUUGGAGACUAAAAGCCAUAGUAAAUCAGAAGAUCAGGAAACUGUUGAGACUAAAGAAAAAAGUGGUGAUACCGAAGAUACUGAUGGAAAAAUACGAAAGCCCCGAAAAGGAAAGUCAGCAAACGAUGCGACAAAUGACCUGCAGAUCGAUACGGCGGUCACAGUUCCAAACGCAGUUGAAUUAAUGGAAAAAGAAUUGGCUAAAGCGCCGCCAAAGAAACGUCUGCUCAAAAUGCAGAUGGAGUUGGAAGAGAAGAGUUCCGCUUCCCAUUCAGAAAUUCCAAGCACCAGCCAGACUAGCGCUGAACAAAAAACGUCUUCAGCCAAAAAGUCAGCAAGCAAUUCCAGUAAAACCAAAGAAUCUACACAGAAAAAAUCGAAGAAAGAUGCGCAAUCGUCCGAUCAAAUGAAAAAACGAGAAAGUCUCGAAAGUCAAGUCGAAUCUUCGUUUGAUGAGGAAAGCCGUUCAGCGACAUCUACACCAGUGGCUAAACGUUUCAAAAAGCAAAUGUCUUCAGAAAAAACUCUAGAGGAUAAAACAAGCGGUAAAAGGAAGUCCAAGCUGGAUCCAAACAUUAGUAGCGGCGAGAAGAGUGAAAUUAAGGAUAGGGAAAGGAAAGGAUCUAUAUCGAAGAAAUCGGAAAAGAAGCAAUUUUUGGCCAUCGAAGACACUGCUAGUAAAGAGUUAGCUAAGAAAAUGGAGGAAAGAAGUGCGAAGAAAAAAAGACAAAAGAAAUUGAAAGAGGAUUUCGAAGCAGCACUAAAGGAUGCGCUCACUAAAACAACAGUACCAGCUGAACCUAUUAAAGAAAGUGCCAACCCUACAGAAAACAUAGUUGCAAUGCUGGAAGAAAGUAAAUUACAAGACAGUGUUGCCGCUGACACUGUUUGUACAACUGAUGUUGAAGACAAGAAGAGUACUGUAGAGGAGGAUCAAGUCACUAGGGCUACUGAAACUACAGUAGACAAUGAGCUUGAGGAGGAACCAGAUCCGUUGAAGGACAUUGAGAAAUUCAUUGAAGAUGGCGUCAACUUGCUCAAACGCGGGUAUAAGAUUGAUGACGACAGUGUAGAUGAAGUUAUUUGUCCGAAAACACAUCUCCAAAAAGAAGAAUAUAAAUCGGAUGUUACAGAAAAUGAAGAAAAGCCAUCUACUGCGGUGCUAGAAGGCAUGACAACGCCUAAUGAAAGCUUAUCUGGCGAUAUAACGCCAGUUGACAAAUCCUUCGAAGAAGUUUCUAACACGCUCCCUCAGAAUAUUUAUUACGACACCCCGGCUGAUACACCAGUAGCAACGCCGACAACCACACCGCCACCAAAAAGCCCUAUUCAUGAUCAAGCAAUUGACGAGAUAACUGGUGUUCGGCGUUCUCAUCGCAUCAAACAGAUAACAAAGAUGCCGAAGGCGCUUGUGGGUCGCGGGUUGGUGCGCGAAAAAGAGCGGUUCUCAAUAAAAGACGAUGUUGAAAUGAAAACUCACUAUAGUUUGGAUGAUCAUCUGACGGAUUUGGCGCAAGUGGAGGCAAAGAAUGCUAAGUUCCUAAAAGAAAUGGAAGAACGUCUGAGUAACUUUCAUGUCAUUAAAGAGAAUGAGUACAAAUGUGAGCGUGUCGUGAGUAGAGAAGCACGCAAGAUGUUGUGUGAUUGUUUCUUGACAGCCGAAGAGGAAGAGCGUGGUGAGUUGGGCUGUGGUGAAGAUUGCUUGAAUCGUUUAUUGAUGAUCGAAUGUGGACCCGAUUGUAAUGUGAAAGUUCGCUGUACAAAUAAACGCUUUCAGAAACUGCUCUGUUCACCAUGCCGAGUCUUUCGAACGGAAAAGAAGGGCUUCGGUAUAAUGGCUGACAUUGAGAUAUUACCUGGUGAAUUUAUUAUGGAAUAUGUCGGUGAGGUAAUCGAUGGCGAUGAGUUUGAGCAGCGGCGUACUGCAUAUUCAUUGGACAAAAACCGUCACUAUUACUUUAUGGCAUUACGAAGCGAUGCCAUAAUCGAUGCCACAAUUAAGGGUAACAUUUCACGCUUCAUUAAUCAUUCCUGCGAUCCCAAUGCGGAAACUCAGAAGUGGACUGUAAAUGGUGAACUACGAAUUGGGUUCUUCAGUCGUAAGUCCAUUAUGCCAGGUGAAGAAAUUACGUUCGACUACCAGUAUCAACGUUACGGCAGGGAGGCACAACGUUGUUAUUGCGAGUCGGCUAACUGUCGUGGUUGGAUAGGUGAAGAACCCAAUUCGGAUGAGGGUGAACAAAUCGAUGACGACAACGAUGCGGAUAAUUCGGCAGAUGGCAGCGAUGAUGAGGAUAGUGAUGACAGCACAGCUGAUGGCGAAGAUGUACAUAAAAAACUAGAUGCAUCAAGCAAAUCACUAAUAAGUUCAGAGGAUGGUAAAAUAAAGUUGGAUGAAAAAUCGGAUAGCGCGGGUAAGGACAAGAAGAAAAAAGUGGGUGAAGAUGCAGAGGCUAAGCUGAAAAAGCUCACGGGCAAAUCUGCUGAUAAAGCAGCGCGAAAAAAGAAACCCAGUAAAGAAAAGAAGGAUAAGAGACUGCGUAAAUCUGCUACUGGUGAGCAAUCGAAAACGUCGCGUUAUUUGGAAGAUCCGGACAUCGAAGAUGAGGUUAAAUUCCUUAGCCGUGGCGGGCUGAGAAACCAAUCGGACACGUUGCGGUUUUCACGUUUGGUCGUACGCGCCAAAUUGCCGCAGACUCGUCUCAAUCUGCUGAAAAUUCUCCGCAAUGCCGAUUUGCCAUGUCGCCGACUGUUCUUGGACUAUCAUGGACUGCGUUUGCUGCAUGGCUGGAUGAGCGAAGACGGUGGUGAUAUGGCGAUUCGCUUGUCACUCCUAGAGGCGCUGGAAAGUUUGCCAAUAGCAAACAAGACUGUGCUCACUGACAGUAAAGUCUAUCAGAGCGUUCGAAAUUGGUGUGGUAAUGCGUUGUCCAUCUGCAGUGUGCCGGCUGGCAAUGCAUCUUCUCCAAGCGAUGAGUCGUCGAAGGAAAGCACAAGUAGUAAUUCACAUACGGAGAUAGCUAGUGGACAGGAGGUACCUUCGGAAUUGCAGAAGUUGGCUGUGAAACUAACCACUGCAUGGAAUAGUUUGCCAGAAAUUUUCCGCAUACCGAAACGUGAGCGCAUCGAACAAAUGAAAGAGCACGAACGGGAGGCUGAUCGGCAGUUUGCCGAAGCUUCCAUCGACAGUAAUCGUUCUGUUCUAAGUGAUCGUUAUCAGCGCGAUCGUUUCGGACGCGGCCCAACCACUUCUCGUUUUUCCAAACCAUGUUUCAGUAAAGACAAUCGCAACAAUAAUAUAACCGUUGUAGGCUCAAUGCCAGGCGGAGACCCACGUCGACGUACGGGGCACGAUCAUCAUGAUGGUAUAAAGCAUUUGUCAAAGGCACAGAGACGAGAGAUGUUUGCUGCAAAGGUGGCACGCGACGAAGCCGAAAAGCGUUUGGCUGAAGAGCGUAGAGAAUUCGAAACAAAAUGUCGUUUCUUUGGUUUGGACCCCAAGAAAACACGCUCGCAGGAUGUUCCUUUCUGCGUAGACCCUUCAACAGGUCAAUGGUAUUCUAUUGCCCGCCAACCUAUCCCCACUCCACCUUGCUACGCACACGUGCAGGUGCAGCCAAAAUCCAAAUCUACCGAUCCUGACGAUUACAAGUUGCCUGUAGUUGUUGCCACCUUGCCGCGCCAAUGGAAAUACGCCAUCACAAACUUAGGCCAAAUUUAUUACUACCAUACUAAGCAAAAAAUAUCGCAAUGGCACCCGCCAACGCUUGAACAAUUGCACGCUGCAGCCGAGGAAGAUGACAGUUCAGACAGCGAGUCCUGUGAGGAAGCUAAACAGGCAAAUGAGAGCAGCGAGGAUGAUGACGUACUCUUAGGAAUGGAUGAGGCGCAACUCAAAGCUUUCAUCGAUAAGAAGGUAGAAAAUCGUAGGCAUAAGCGUUACGGUCGUUUGGUGGAUUCGCGUCCGAUUAGUCCCCGAAAGGAGGAAGAUCGCAUCUACAAUCAAAUAGAGAUGCGUAAAUACAAAGAGAAUAAAGAAAAAAUACGCAAACGUAAGGAAGAAAUACGGCGUAAGCGCGCUGAAGCACUCAAAGCUGCAGCUAUCGGUGGCGUAAAUCCCAACAUCGUUGCAGACAGCUUAAAUAUCGACGCUACGAAAUCCAAAAAUGGCGAAGACUCCAAUGAACCAGAUGGCGUAAUACCCAUACAAGACUAUUUGCUCUCAUCCGAUGAGGAGGAGAUUAUGAAGGAGGAAUGCAACAACAGCCCACUUUUGGAAAAAAUCGUGCAAGGCGAUAAGAUUGUCGACGAAUUGGAUGCGCUCACAACAAAGCGUGCGCUCAAGCGCACAUUACCGCCCCAUCGGGAACCCAGCGCACAGGCAGGCCAGAGUAAUGUCAGUGGUAGUAGUAGCGGUAGUGGCGGUGGCAGUGAGCAUAAGCGACGAAAAUCGGAUAAGAAAGAUAAAAGCAAAAAGAGCAAGGACUCGGAUUCCAAGUAUCGUCGCACUAAGGAAAAGUUCCGCUGUGAAAUAGCCGGUAUUAUUGUGCAACACUUAAAGCCAUAUCGCAAGGAAUCGUGCACGCUCGCUCGUAUUCAGAGUGAUGAAGAUUUCAAUCAUCUCGCGCGAAAGCUCACACAUUUUGUGAUGGUUAAAGAGUUGAAAUACUGUGAGUCUGUUGGUCAGACUUUGGUCGUAACCGAAUCUGUUAAGAAUAAAUCCCGCGAAUUCAUUAAAAAGUACAUGGCGAAGUAUGGCGGCAUGUACGUGAAACCCGCCAAUGAUCCGGAAUUUAAGGAGAUUCCAUUUACUAUUUAAACAUAUUUAUAAUUUUUCUUCUUGUAAGCUAAUUUCUGAAUUCAACGAACAGCAAUGGAUUAUCGCUGACUUCAGCCUUCACAUUUGUAUUAAGAAUCAUUUGGCGACGUACAUUCUUUUUUAACUUCAUAGCGUUAAUAAUUGAGACGUUACUAUUUUUUAGAUGCAAAUUUGGUUUUUGUCGAGUUUUGCAUUGCUUAAUUCUUAUUUGUACAUAUAUUGUUGAAAAUUGAGCGGAACACGGCUCUGUUCGCCAUAUUUGCUGUUCCAAUGGAGGACUUCGAAAUAUUUAAAUAUUUUUAUUAUUAUUGUAAUGCUUAGUAAUUUUUGUUUUUAAUUUUAAACCAAUAUGUACAUGUAUUCCCUUUUUACUACAUGUAAAUUGUGGUGUAUUUUUUAGAGAAUACGAAUAUAUUAUUUUUCCGCUGUAAUUACAUUUUAUGAGCUAAACUAAACGCAUAUGCAAUUAUGUAAAAGUUGCUGCACAAAUACGCGACUGCAACUGUAGAUUCAAUAAAUAACAGUGAAAUGAACAAAUCAA